AGGUCACAUGUUUCCUGUGUAGACUGGAACACCAGUGUACAGCUAGACUCCUCUCGCGUGGCCGGGUGAGCCCUAUCAGCAGCUGCACCCUGGCGGAGCCUUCGUAACUGCCCGUCUCGCCCCCGGAGGCUUUCAUGGCCCGUUAACCAUGACGGACUACGCCGAGGAGCAGCGCAAUGAGCUGGAGGCUCUGGAGUCCAUUUAUGCUGACUCCUUCACAGUCUUCUCAACAUCCCCGGAAAGUUUCUCCAUCACGGUGUCAUCAGAAGCUCCAGAGGAGGAAGAAAAUGUCCAGGUAACUCUGAAGUUUACUUAUGUUGAGACAUAUCCAGAUGCAGCUCCUCUCUGUGAAAUAGUCUCCCAGGAGAACCUAGAGGAUAGUGACGCUUCUGUUGUAUUGGCCUUACUAGAGGAGCAGGGUCAGGAGAACCUGGGAAUGGUGAUGAUAUUUACUUUAGUAUCUGCUGUCCAAGAAAAAUUAAAUGAAAUUGUAGACCAAAUAAAAACUAGAAGAGAAGAUGAAAAAUUGAAGAAAGAAAAGGAAGCAGAAGAAGCAGAAAAAGUUCGUUUCCAUGGAACUCCUGUAACAAUUGAAAGCUUCCUCAAUUGGAAAGCAAGAUUUGAGACAGAGAUGGCAGAAAUUAGGAAAAAAAGGCAAAAAGAAGAGGAGCAAUCAGGAAAAAUUAAAUUAACCGGAAAGCAGCUGUUUGAAACAGAUCAUAACCUGGACACCUCUGACAUCAAAUUUCUGGAAGAAGCUGGUAACAGCGUUGAAGUGGAUGAAUCUCUAUUCCAAGAAUUGGAUGAUUUAGAAUUGGAUGAUGAAGAUGAUUUAGAUUACAACCCUAUAGAUCUAGAAAGUGACUGAUCACCUUGGAGUCAUCGCUCUAUAGGAGUCUGAAAAGUCACAGUAUCUGUGACUACUAAGUACACAUCCACUGCUGUUAUUUUUUUUAAGUCAUUAUUUUAAUUAUCAGGAGAUUCUUCUUCUGAGCACUUCAAAGAUCACACUGAAUAAAGUGACUUAAAAUCAAAUGACCAAAAAGUUUUGUUU